CGUAACCGCUAAGCGCCGAGAUCGAAUUGAAAGCUGUCUCGACUUAUGUCCCAGAACCAACAGACAGCAUCUCCAAGCGCUUCUGCCGCCCCGACGCCCCCUCCCGCUAGCCCGCCCGCCCCAGUCGCUCCAGAAACCGAUCAUCCCCCUGCACCUGCAGGACCAUCCUUACAAGCCGGAACUGUUAACCCCUUCCGCCUCGUGUUUCCCGAUCUCGUCCUUCAUUCUCGCCAGUCGCGUUGGGAUGAUCUAAUACGCACCGCAGAACGCGCGGAUCUAAAAAAGGCAGGAAGGGAGUCCGAUGUUACGAGGUUCCUGGUGGUGAUCCCUCUUUCCCUUUCCUAUUUGAUUCUCGAUCAAGCACCAUCUGCUCAUUGGGUGCUAAUGCGGCUCCCCGACGAACUUAUCAACACCCCACUCCCGCAAUUGCUAUUCAAACUCACCGCAUCUAUAGCUGAUCGAAAAUACACCAAUAUAUACUCCAGAGCAAAUGACGUGCUUAGUUUAGUCUCAGAAACUACCCUCGAUCCAGAGUUGAAGGAAGUCGUCACCGAGUUGUUGCAGAAAUUCUUAGAGGUGUUCCGCAGGCGUACCUUUGAUUUGUUACGACAGGCAUUCACAGAGAUUUCCGUGUCAGAAGUGCAACAAUACUUGGGUGUCAGUCCUGAUGUCAUCCUUCAGGUCGCAAAAGCAUCAGGUCAAUGGACCUACAACUCGACGAGUCAACUGCUCAGGCCUAUUUGCGAAACGUCUCACCCUCUCGCGAGUACAAGUGAUGCAUCUACUCUCCGCACCUUCAAAUCGGUAUGGAGUGGAGCGAUUGGACUAGAGGGUACUUAUUAGCUCAAUG